GCAAAGCAGGAGAUAGGGCUUGCGGAGGUGAAUGUAGCCAUGGCUACCGAGAGCUCACGGUCGUGUCAGAGUAGGUCGUCUGCGCAGAAAAGGGAGCUUGUGUGUCGGCAUGGGGAGAGACCCGUGCUUAGAGUUUCUGGAACGAGGAACAACCCUGGGCGACGAUUUUGGGGGUGUGUCUAUUAUGAGAUCCAAGAGGAGUGUGAUAUCUUCCGAUGGGUAGACCCAGAAACAGACAGUGACGAUCCUCAUGUUGCAAGGAUGAAAAGGAAAGUUGCGGCCAUGAAAGCAAAAGUGAGGGACAAUGAGUGGAAGUUCAAGGUUGCUGCAGUGUUAGGGAUUUUUGGUUUUGCCAUGAGCCUCAGCUUUCUUGGAGAAACAGGAAGUGGAAUUUUGUGGCUGAAGGAGACAGUCCUGGCUGGUGGGUAUAGCUGGCUGCACCCAUCUCCUUUGGUGCUGGUGGUUGCUGUGUGUUGCUUCUGGUGGGCUUUGGCUUGGGCCUUCGGUGGAGAGUACCUGCUGGUGGACUGCUGUGAUGAAGCCUUAGAACUGGUCAUGGGUCUGCUGGAUGAAGGCUUCCUCCCACCUCUGGUCCUCUUCCUAGCAGAUUGA